UUUUUUUUCUUUUCUUGUCUGCCAUUAAUAUCUCCAUAAAUACUAGUCUUCAGCCUUUCAAGUGCCCCCUCUCCUCUCUGUUUGUUUUCUCUCUCUCGUUUUCACUGUGGAAAAUAUGAAUUGAACUCUGUUUUCUCCUUCACUUUCACUGUUUUUAUGUGUUCAUCAUUCUUGCUUUAAGUACGACUCACCUGUAAAAAAAUCUCUGUUUUUAUCCGAGUAGGAAAAAAGAAAGAAAGAAUCGGAUAUUUUGUUUGCUGACUUCUCAUUAGGAUCUCACAACACUUUAUCCAGCAAAAACCCAGUGAUUCUCUUCUUGUUUUAAGCUCACUAGAGACUUGUAGCUAUCAAACAUAAAACCCAUUCAAACAAGUAAAACCAAAAAGGAAUCUCACACAUUUCCUAAACCCAUCUAUAAAAACCCUCAUCUGGGUUUUGUGUUCAAUCAGAUUCUCUAACUUGGGUUCCUUUCGAACUCUUCAAAAUGAUUACAGGAACUGAUCUCUACCAUGUUUUCACUGCUGUGGUUCCUCUUUAUGUAGCUAUGGUUCUAGCUUAUGGUUCGGUGAAAUGGUGGAAAAUCUUUACUCCUGAUCAAUGUUCUGGUAUCAAUAGAUUUGUUGCACUCUUUGCUGUUCCUUUACUAUCAUUUCACUUCAUAUCAAGCAACAAUCCUUACACAAUGAACUUGAGAUUCAUAGCUGCUGAUUCUCUUCAAAAGAUUAUAGUCUUGGUUGUUCUAGCCUUCUGGUCUAGAUGUAGUGCAAAUGGUUCUCUUGAAUGGUCUAUUACGUUAUUUUCACUCUCUACACUUCCUAAUACACUUGUUAUGGGCAUCCCUCUUUUGAAAGGAAUGUACGGAGAGUUCUCUGGGAGUUUAAUGGUUCAGAUAGUUGUUCUUCAAUGUAUCAUUUGGUAUACUCUCAUGUUAUUCCUGUUUGAGUACAGAGGAGCUAAACUUCUUAUUGUUGAACAGUUUCCUGAUACUGCUGGUUCUAUCAUAUCAUUCAGAGUAGAUUCUGAUAUUCUGUCUCUGGAUGGGAAAGAACCAUUACAAACUGAAGCUGAAGUUGGUGAAGAUGGUAAACUUCAUGUUACAGUCAGGAAAUCUACUAGUUCUCGUUCUGAAGUGUUUUCUAGGAGAUCUAAUAAUGGUCCACAUUCAGGGGUUUCUUUAACUCCUAGAGCUUCAAACUUAACUAAUGCUGAGAUUUAUUCACUUCAAUCUUCCAGAAACCCAACUCCUAGAGGAUCAAGUUUUAAUCAUACUGAUUUUUACUCAAUGGUCAAUGGAAGAAAUGUGAGCAGUACUAGUCCUAGACAGUCUAAUUUUGGGAACAUGGGUUUUGAUGAAGAGAAUGGAAAUGCAGGAGGGUUUCCAAGGAAUACUACACAGCAAGGUAGUGGUUAUCCUGCACCUAAUACUGGUAUGUUUUCUCCUGUUGGGAAGAAGAAAAAUGAUGGAGCAAAAGAUCUUCAUAUGUUUGUUUGGAGUUCUAGUGCUUCACCUGUUUCUGAAGGAGGGCUUCAUGUCUUUAGAGGAGGUGCUGAUUAUGGUCAUGAAAAUGGUGGGAUUGGAGCUCAUCAGAUUGAACCAAACCCAAAAGAGUUCGAAGAAUACCGCCGAGAUGAUCAGUUCAGUUUUGGAAAUAGGCAAGCCAUAAAUGGUGGUGAACGAGAAGCACCAAAUUUGACAAAGCUUGGUUCUAGCUCAACUACUGAGCUUCACCCUAAAGCUGCUUAUGGUGAAACAAAGGCCACUACUAUGCCACCUGCUAGUGUUAUGACAAGGCUCAUUUUGAUCAUGGUAUGGCGAAAACUCAUCAGAAAUCCCAACACCUACUCGAGUCUCAUUGGUCUCACCUGGUCUCUAGUAUCUUUCAGGUGGAACAUCAUUAUGCCUGCAAUCAUAGCUAAAUCAAUAUCGAUUCUAUCUGAUGCUGGUCUUGGAAUGGCUAUGUUCAGUCUUGGCUUGUUUAUGGCGUUACAACCACGUAUGAUUGCUUGUGGAAACAAAGUUGCUACAUUUUCUAUGGGUGUUCGCUUCCUAACUGGUCCUGCAGUCAUGGCUGCGGCCUCUUUUAUUGUUGGAUUGCGUGGUGAUCUCCUGCGCAUUGCUAUUGUUCAGGCUGCUCUUCCCCAAGGAAUAGUUCCCUUUGUGUUUGCCAAGGAAUACAAUGUCCAUCCUAAAAUCUUAAGCACUGGGGUUAUCUUUGGAAUGCUGAUAGCUCUUCCCAUCACACUAGUUUACUAUAUCUUACUUGGGCUCUGAAGGGAACAGCUCGCCACGCCUUUUUUUGGGAACAUACUGUACAUUUUUUGCCCCUUGUUGCUGAUAGGGAAUUUUGCUAGCAGCUGAUAAUAUUUCAUGAAGUAGUCACCACCAGUGUAGAAGGAGAAAGAAAGAACAGAAUCUGGAAUAUGCUUACAUCAACUGACUUAGAUAAAAUGAAGAGAGAAAUUUGACCGUUGGGUAGAUUUUUUUUUUUGUUUAAUUUGAAUCUCAAUUCUCUCUUUUAAAUUUGUAAAACAGCUAUUAGCCUGUGUUACUUAGUUGGGAUCAAAACAGAUGCUACUACUUUUGCUGCAAGCUUCAAAGGAAUUAGUGGUUAACUUUCUUGUCAAUU